UGCGCGGGGAAGAUAAGGCGCACUACAGCUCGACCGAGCGCGGCGUGCGCCUCGCGGCGGAAGGGAAGAAGUUCCUCAUCGCUGAGGGGUUUACCGUGCUCAAUUAUAAGCCGAUACUGGACCUUUGCGACCUGAAGUACUAUUUCGUGCUGGAGUUCGGAGAAUGCUUCGCGCGGCGCUCGCUGCGGCUGUACGACCCGCCCGACAUCCCCGGCUACUUCGAGCAGUGCGUGUGGCCCGAGCACUUGAAGUACCGCGCCGAGAUCGAGCUCAAUCCUUCGAUAUGCCUGUUGGACGGCAAGGUGCCGGACCCGAUACGGAUCGUGCUAGCGGACCUGCAGCGGUUCGGCGUCCCUCCCUCCUAGCGCGACCUCGCCACCACCGCGACCGGUUUGACCGGUACGACCGCACUGGGGACCGCGAACGUGAUCGGCGCGACCGCACCGACCGCGGUGAUCGCGGCGACCGUUACGAGCGGGACGAGCGACGCGGGCGCUCGCGGGACCGUCACGAACGUGCGCGCUCGCGCUCGCGCUCUCGAUCACGUCGACAUUCGCCGCGUCGCCACGAGCGGGAACGCGACUGUGACAUUCCAGCGCCACCUUCACCGCCAAAGAUCAGUGCACCUGAACCGCCCACCUCACGAUCGCGUAGCCGUUCCGCCAGCCGCGAACCCGACAGUGUCAGCUCUACAUAUGAAAACAAGGAUGAACAAGCCGUCAAUGCCUCCCCGGGAGACUGGUUUUGUAAAUGUGGCUCAUACAAUUUUAAAAGGCGCCAAAUAUGCUACAGACGCAACUGCAAUGGAAAGCGAUCAGAAGGGACAGUUUAUGGGGCUGACGCCGAGAGACAUGGCUUGACAGAAGGCAUGGGUAUCACAAAAAGACUUUUGUUUAGAAGAUUAGAUGCUUUAACAACUGAAGAAAAAAUAUUAGAGGCAUUGAAAGAGAGAUGCUCAAAGGCUAUUUUAGAUUCUAUAGCAGGGAUCACAAUAGGGAGAGAAACUUUGACUGGAGCUUCAAAGUGCCUCGCAUAUAUAAACUUUAAUUCUAUAGCAGAUUCCACUGCUGCUCAUUCUGAAUUGAUGACUCUUUCACCUCCACUUGAGAUUGAUAGCCGGGAAGUUUUGAUAUCAUUUUACAAUGAGCCCCAGAAGAUUCCGAAACCUGCUCCAAAUCCAGUUGACUAUUCUAGUUAUUAUUCUCAGAUGACCACAUACAACAACAGUUCAGCUUUGUCUGAAGCAGACAGAGUUAAUGCUGCGGCAGCAGUUGCCCAGUCAGCUAUCACAGCAGCUCAGGCCCGGCAGCUCACGUGGACUCCAUCGGUCCCUACAUUUGUUACGUCAGCUGCACAAGCAGUGACCAAUGUCAAGGCUCCCACAGGUGAUGGAACAACAGUGUAUAAUGCUCCUGAUGUAAGGACAUUCAUGUAUGAUGAGACAUCUGGGUACUACUAUGAUCCUUCUUCAGGUCUGUACUAUGAUGGAACCACACAGUACUUUUACAAUAGCCAAAUUAAUCAAUAUAUGUAUUGGGAUGCCACUAGUUCUACUUAUAUUGCUGCUACACAAGCCACACAAAAUACUGAUCAGCCUAAGCUGCCUAGUCCACCAACAGUCACCACAGAUAACACUAUUACUAAAGAGCCAGAGGAGAAAAAGAAAAAAGAUAAAGAGGACAAAGUAAAAGUUGCUAAAAAGAUAGCCAAAGAUAUGGAAAGAUGGGCUCGAACUUUGAAUCAAAAGAAAGAAAAUGCAAAGAGUAACUAUGUUAUGGAUCAGCCUCAAGACACAGGGCCUAGCAAGGGCUCUGCAGACAUUGGCUUUUCAGUGCUUGGAGCCGGGCCGUCAUUAACACAUGUGAGGGAAAUAUCCCCACCCCCAACUGUAGUCCCAGCAGCUCCUGAUGAGUUUUUGAUGAAGAGGGUAGCAGAACCGGCGUUUGACAAUGAUGAUGGCAUUAUUGACUGGACAAAAUUAACAUGCUUACUGUGUAAAAGAAAGUUCCCUUCUGCAGAGGUGCUUACAAAGCACAAGACUCUUUCAGACCUACAUAAGCAGAAUCUUGCAGCACAUAGGAAACAGUGUGAUUCAGCACCACAGAUGAAUGGGUAUAGAGACCGUGCAGCAGAGCGCCGAAUGAAGUUCGGAGAGGAUGAAACACCAGUUAGAAAGAGGUACGAGCCACCAGAGCCUAUUCAGCCCCCCAUACAGGCCGCUCCGCCACCAUCCGUUGUUGAUACCAUUGGAGGAAAAAUGCUUCAGAAGAUGGGUUGGUCAGCUGGACGAGGUUUGGGCAAAACUGAACAGGGGCGGAUAGCUCCUAUUGAGGCAGAGCAGAGGCCAGGUUUGGCAGGCCUUGGGCAGAAGAGAGGCAUUUACACACCCACUCCCGGGGAGACAUAUCGCGACACUGUGAAAAAGCUUAUGAUAGCGCGGUACAAGGAAGUCGUCGGUCAAGAGGAGGGAAAUUAGAUGGCGAGCCGCCCCGUGUGCCGCGCCCGCGCACCGCGGUGAGUAAAUUCUAUUGGCUUACUUGUCUAACGCAUCUCUUUCCACAGGCUCGACAGCAUAUGCUUCUUAUGUCUUAGUUUGUUUAAUAAUCUAUAUAUCUUGUAUUGACCCAAAAAUUAAAUGUCUAUGUUAUUAGGUUAGGUCUAUGUAUUACCACUGCCUUCAUCAUAGCUGCAGGAACUCCAAAAUUAUGAUUAUUCGGAGUUGACUAAAAAGUGACUAUCCAGGCGUAGGUUAAUGAGAAAGGUCCCUACGAUCAAAAUUAAUGCAUAUAUUGUUGGAUUUUACAGUAAUGGUAAUAUUUAUGGCACAUAUUAAUGACUUAAGACAUUGAGUUCAGAUUACCUAAUAUGUAUAUAAGUUCAAGUAUUAAAUGGCGCGAUGUAUAAGUUCAGUGAACUUACAAUCCAACAUAUUGCGUCGACAAGGUAUAUAGAUUAUUUGAAGACACUGUUACUGGGAGAUUUGGGGUUCUAUAUAGUUUGUGGUCCUGUGAUACAGUCUGUGUUCUAGUAUUUAAACUAGGUUCUAGCUUGAAAAUAGGUAUUAUAAGAAUAGUCGGAGGACGAAGCGAGCAGCGACGGAGCAUAGACUCUGGAAAAACAUUACUGUGAUAUAACUGUGAUAUUUAGUGGUGCAAAAAAAACGGUGCAAGUGUGAAGCCCUUUACUGACGACUUUGACCAUUUACCUUACAGAACCGGCGCAGCGCCAGGACCCGCCAAUCCUUGUUUAGAGCAGGUUUAUUUAUUUGUACAACGUUGUACAAUCGUGAUUUAGCUCGGAUACCGGGCUAGCGAGCUGCUGGCUUUCUGGCAGUGGUAUGGCAUCAAUAGAUACGUCAGAGUACACACUGAACAACCCAUAUAAACAUACAUUACAAACUUAUUUGUGACGUCCCACGGGUAAAGGUACCUUAUAGCGGUUGGCGCUUACGCUAUUAUUAACGCCGCUCCAAUAUUAUUGCGGCGCUAUGCGACGUAUUACGCUAGCCGCCAUAAGGUAUCUUUUGCAAUGGAACGUCACACUUAUUUGUGUUGUCAAAUCUGUUGAAUCCUUGAUGCUAUUCUUCUGCCUUCUGCAAAAUAAGGAUAACCUUCGCAAGCUGCAUUAUGCACAUAAUAACGUUUAGAAUUAUAAGUACUUCAUUCCUAUUUAAGACUGCAUCGACCGUCCAGUGGCGCCCUCAUUGAGAGAAUUAUGUUUUCUAAUACACCAAUGAAUUUAUGUAUAAAUCAGUAUAUUAUUAUUGUUGUCCUAGGUACUGAUUUCCCAACUCUUGGUCUUUGUUACAUAGUAUUAUUUUGCUUAUUUUUUUUUGCUUUAUUAACUAAACGGUAAAAGGUGGCCAAAUUUUUCCUAUAGGUGAUAAAGCAACAAAUAAGCAAAACUACGUGACAAAGACCAAAAGUUGGGGAAUCAGUAGGACAACAAUAUACUGAAUUAUACAUAAAUAAAUUGGUUUAUUAGAAAACAAAGUUCCCCCAAUAAGGGCGCCACUGGACGGUUGAUGCAGUUUAAUUAUUAAUUGAUGUAUUGUUACCCGUGGAAUAGUAAAGUUAAAUAUACGGUCGAAAAACAUAAAACAUAACUCUUCUUCGGCAGUUAAGUAUUAACCAGCGAAGGUUAUCUUUCCCCUUGUUUAAGUGGGAUGUAGAGAUAUAACUUCCAAGUUUAAUGACUAUUUUUCUAGCGUUUUAUUAUAAUUAUAAUGUUUAAGUUGUGUUAUGUAAACGAAAACGUCAGUGAAUCUUUUGUAUAUGUUCCUCGAAGACGUGUAUAGGUAUUAGUGCAGAUUAAAUACCUGUUAAGUACGACGGUUUUGUUAAUGAAUAUACCUCAGCUAUAAACAGUUUAGUAAUAGCAAUAUAUUUUUAAUAUUUGACCUUAAUACUCAGAAAAUUAGAAGUCAAUAUUAACACAAAAACAUAUUUUAAAAUAUAUGAAGCACUUAAGACCUAAAAUACUGCUUAAUAAUUAAGUAUGUAUGUACCUACAAAGUAUAGUUUGUAAAACUUUGUUAUUUCAUAGGCAACUUUUUAAGGCAUUCACAAUUAAAACUUUUAAUGUUGUUAAAUUUAAUUAACUACCUAUGUACGUUUGCCACACUUACCAUUAAUAAAACAGGAAUGCUCACUUAGUUUUAGCGUAAUUAUUAUUCUUUAUCUUGCAUUGUAUUGUUAGUUGUUCACGUCUUUAGAUUACCAAAUAAAAUUAUUGUUAUGAAUAUAGGUGACGUUAUCUGAUCUAUGAAAAGGGACCUUAUUGUCGAUGGCGCUUACGCCAUUAUUAACGAUGCUCCGAUAUAGAUACCAUGCCGCGUGACGCUUUGCGGCGUAAGCGCCAUCGACAAUAAGGUCCCUUUUCAUAGAUAAUGCCCCAUAGAAUCAAAUAGGUUACUGAUAAAUGAACUAUUUACCUAAUGUACUUUAACUCCAACGAUAGUUAUACAUCUUAAUUUGAUUAUUUAACGCCACUCUGGUUCAGUUUAUUAUAAAAACAAGAUUGUGAUGAUGUUUUACGUAAUAGUUCUGUAUUUUAUAUGAAUUCGUAAAUCAUCUGCUUCUAUGUUGUUUUAAAAGUGGCGCUAGCAUCAUCGGCUUGCCUUAUGCGCUCCUAGCGGAUUGUUCUUGUACUAAAUGAACUGCAAAUUUAAAUCAUAGCCGUCAGGUUUCUAACGCUCCGUAGAUAGAUUAAAAUAGACCAUGUACAAAUAUAAAUUAUACAACAUUUGGUUACAAAA